UUGAGGCGCGCCAUGCGAGUCUGAUGAAGAAGCAGCGCCCGUCGCCCUCGAGCACUUCCCCUUUCUUUCGUUCGGUGCGAGCAUCGAGACCUCGGGCAAGACUGUCACCAUGAUGAGCGCGGCAGCGGGCGCCGCGACCUCAAUUUGUGCACCCGGUCGAUGCCUGCCACGGGCCAGAGGAAGGGCCGAGAAAAUUCCCGUCCAUUCGUGCAGCAGUUCUUCGUCUUUAUAUGGGCGCAGACUGGACAGUUCGAUUUUGUCUUUGCGAGUCACCCGGACGAAACGUGUCACCGGAGCUCGUGCCUCCAGUGCUUCCAGGAUAUCCGUAGAUGAACCAUAUCUCAUCGCGAAGCUUGAUUCCGCGGAGAAUACGUACAAAGAAUUAUCUGUCAGGCUUGCGGAUCCAGAAGUGGCCGGUAACCACUCUGAGUAUCAGUCUCUGGCGAAGUCAUUGUCUGAGCUCGAAGAGGUGGUGGAGAAAUACAGGAGUUUCAAAUCAUGUGAGGAGCAGUUGAUCGAAGCAAAAGAAUUAGCCCAAGACGCUUCUGGGGACAAAGAGAUGGCAGAAAUGGCUGCUGAAGAGAUUAAAGUGCUUGAAACUCAAAUCCAAGAACUUCAGGAGCAAUUGAAGUUGCUUCUUCUGCCAUCUGAUCCUCUGGAUGCGCGAAACAUCAUGCUUGAAGUGAGGGCAGGAACAGGAGGAGACGAAGCAGGCAUAUGGGCCGGAGAUCUUGUUCGCAUGUAUCAAAAAUAUGCCGAAAGGAAUAACUGGAAGGCGAUUCCAAUUUCUUGCACUGAGGCCGAGAAAGGAGGCUACAAGGAAUUUGUGCUGGAAAUCACCGGCGAGCGAGUGUACAGUAAGCUGAAAUAUGAAUCUGGUGUGCAUCGUGUACAAAGGGUUCCUGCUACUGAAUCUCAAGGGCGUGUUCACACGUCUACGGCCACUGUUGCCAUUAUGCCGGAGGUUGAUGAAGUGGAGAUAGUUAUCGACCCGAAAGAGAUCGAACUGACGACUGCCAGAUCUGGUGGCGCAGGAGGCCAGAACGUGAACAAAGUGGAGACAGCUGUGGAUUUAAUUCAUAAGCCUACCGGCAUACGAAUAUUCUGCACGGAGGAGCGCUCGCAGUUGAAGAACAAAAUUCGUGCCAUGCAACUACUUCGUGCCAAGUUGUAUGAAAUCAAAUUAAGGGAGCAACAAGAUAGUAUCAGCAAUCAGCGGAAGUCUCAGGUUGGAACUGGUGCAAGGUCUGAAAAAAUACGUACCUACAAUUACAAGGACAAUCGGGUAUCAGAUCAUCGAGUGAAAAUUAAUUAUGACCUUAUGUCAUUUCUGGGCGGUGAUAUCGACGGUGCAAUCCAGUCAUGCACAGCACUCGAACAAAAGGAGAUGCUUGAAGAACUUGCUGCCUCGACGAUGAAGUCCGGUGUUUGAACUGAUGGAACGCUGUAACCUACGAAAUUAUCGAUGUCUGUAUCACAGUCAAAGUAGGGAGUUUGUCUAAGGGACAAAGUAGACACGCUGUAUGCAGUAAACUUACAUACGGCAAAAAUUUUCUCAAAGGACGAGUUCUGUCAGAAGAUCCCAGGUGUAAAAACCUCUUAGACGAAUGAUAAGUUGAAAAUGAUUCGGGUGUAAUGCAAUUGUUCCUCGUCAUCAAAUGAAUAAACAUUUGUGAGGCUUUAGUGCAUAGUUGGCACAAAAAGCGUUUCGUCAGUUCCCA